ACACGCAUCCUCGUUCUGUCGCUCACACGACCGAGAUGACCCAUUUCACUGUUGAUGUUUGUCAUUACUUCACUGCUUUACGGCACAGCCUUUGGAAUGUGAAAGGGCUCUAUCUAUCCCGACAAUUCCCAGCUGUGCGCAGAAUCCGGUCCGGAGCAAGGAGAGCAUUUUGUAGAAUCGGUGUCUUCUAAACAGCUUUAACAAUGCUUCUUUCAUGUGUGACGUUACUUCUCCUGACUUGCACCUCUUCAGCGGCCAAAGUCAAAGACUUUUAUACUUUCAAAGUUGUAAACAUCAGAGGGAAACUAGUGUCUUUGGAGAAAUACAGAGGCUCGGUGUCGCUCGUGGUGAACGUGGCCAGUGAGUGUGGCUUUACCGAGGGGCACUACAGAGGCCUGCAACAGCUCCACAGGGACCUGGGUCCUUAUCACUUCAACGUGCUGGCAUUCCCCUGCAACCAGUUCGGGCAGCAGGAGCCUGGCAGUGACAAGGAGAUCGAGAGCCUUGCCAGAAGGACCUACAACGUCUUCUUCCCCAUGUUCAGUAAGAUCGCUGUGGUGGGCACCGGGGCCAACAAUGCCUUUAAGUACCUUGUGGAGUCGAUCGGAAAGGAGCCUGACUGGAAUUUCUGGAAGUUCCUCGUGGACCCCAAUGGGAAGGUCGUGGACGCCUGGGGUCCGAACGUACCUGUGGAUGAAAUCCGGCCACAGGUCACUGCGUUCGUGAGGCAGGUGAUCCUCAAGAAGAAAGAUGAGCUUUAGUGUCACACCCAGCCCUGCCAACAGCCUGGACUGUGUCAAGGUGCACCAGCUUUCAUAACAACUGCCCGCUUUCGAAUAUCACUUCAGAAUUUCAAUUCAAAAUGAUCUUAAAUCAACCGGAGCUUCUUGCUGUCAUGCUCCUCAUUUGUGGAACUCUAUUCUGGUUGACAUUAGGCAGGCUGAAACAUUGGAUUCUUUCAAGUCUAAAUUGAAAACAUCCUUUUUUUGGAUGUGCUUUUAUAUAAUGGACUGUAGCUGGAGUGUAUUGCUUAUACGAGCUCUUGUUUCGUUUUUAACUUUGCACAGCGCUGUGCGGUGCCGUGGUGUGAAGGGCGCUAUAUAAGAAUACAUUUGCGAUGGUUCCGGCAACACAAAGUUCUGUUUGUCUUUUUAAAGUCUGAAUAGCUUGAUUUUCAAGCACUGCUGUUGGUGAAACGAGUGACCGGCAGGGAAGCUGGCAUAGUCCACUUCACAAACUAAGAAGCCAAGAAAGACAAGAAACCCUGACUGUAAAAACGUCGUUCUUGCUAGCGGCUGCUGCUCGUAACUAGUAGUGCAGCCUCCUGGUGUGUUCAGUUUAUGAGUGGACCAAAGAGGUGGAGGUGGUAUCGUAGAUAUUAAUCAUUUAUUAGCAGGAUCAUUAGAGCAAAUGAAAGAGAGUUAUUUGAGAAAAAAAGUCCAACAUUUCAACAAGGUAGUUUUCUUUGAAUUUUUUAAAUAGCCUGUGCUUUCUUGUUUUGUUUCUUUUAUGCAUUUCAAAAUCUGAACAAACCAUUUCGACCUUCUGUAGUUUAUGACCCUGAAGAAGCAGGAAAAACAACAACAUUGACUGCAGCACUCCUGUGUAUUUCCAUCAGUCGGAGCAGAAAAUAAAGCUGUUGUCAGGCUAACAAGUAACAAUAAAGCCUGUAUUUCAGGUUGAUCCAGGGCAUAGUAUUGAUUUAUACAACACUUCUGUUAACCCUUUAAUACAUGACAUAUUGUAAAUGGCUGGAAAACAAGGUAGUUUUGGACACAUAAUAAAUAUACUUUUUAAAAUGUUCUUUCCGUUUCAUUAUAAAGGGAACCCAUUACAUCCUCACAUGGGGCUCUCAUGCAUGUGCUUCCACGUGUCUCUGUAUGAAGACUAGAUGAGAGUGCAUGAAAGAGUUUUUAAGGUUUUUUUUUGUUAUCGUGAAUUGCAUGACAAGUUGCAUCUCAGUAAAUACAUGUCACCACCGAGUUGGAGCAGCACACAAAUCCAUGUCUUUUUCUUCCCUUGUUUAUAGCCUGCGUUGUAAUACCACCCUCAUAGUCCUGCAGCUAUUGCCUCUGAACAUAUGUGCACCAAUACAAACUCAUCAUAUUUGCACCUGUUAUCACACCACAUUCUCCUUCAGCCAUCUGCCAUCUGCACCCAGUCAAGGAAACAUGCAGACAUGCAUUGCAGUAUUCGUACUAUACUCAUAACCAAUCACAAUGCAGAAAAGAAUGGCUUCAUCUUUGACAUGAGGUGCACUGCACACAACACACUAGUAUUGUACUGAAAAAACAACAACAUCUGAUUGGCUAUGCUCAAUGCUUUGUAGUUGAAUUUGGAUGUUUAAUGGUACUCGUUAUAUCCGGAAUUAAAAUCAUGUUUGUGGAACAGCGUGUGGGAAAGUCCAUCAUUCACUGCCUUUGUAUCGGCUUCUUCUGCUUGUCUGGUAUGACUUUAUGUAAAGUGUUACCCAUGCUUGAUUCACUGAGAUCUACAGAAAAAAAACUUUCUGCCAGAUACCAAAACUGAGAAUUCAGAGAACGAUUUUUACCACAUCGAGUGUUCAUUGACAGAAAGCAAUGGAAAGCUCUUAUCUCAGGAAGGAUUAUCUGUGACUGGUUCAGUCAUAUGCUCUUGACCACAAUAUUAAAAGCAAUUAAUUGAACGUCCCUAAAUUUAUUCAGACCAGAAGAGUACAGGCAUGAGUGAAAAAGGGAAAUCAAUUGCUGGAAAUGUAAGGCCUUCACUUCUAGUUAGUGGCGUUGCUAGGAUACUACUGGGUUUUUAUUCCCCCCAUUACAGCUUCUUUAUUUACACUUAACAGAUGCUAAAUAGUUAUUAUCCCUUGAAAACUGUAUGGCCUAGGUGUUACUGAGGGAAAUAAUAAAAGGAUAUGUUUUU